GUGAAACAUGACUAACCACUGAAAGUAUUUCAGUGUGCAACUUCCCCAUAACAGAAUGACGCGCGAGUCGAGCUUCUGUGAAGUAUCGGCUCCGAUCAAAGCAGUUUUCGUUUGCUUUUAUUAUUCUUAUGGCGGUAAUGAUGUCCUGUCGUAAAUACAUCGCGCCUCUAGUGUUCUGUGCCCAGGUGGCCAGCUCGUUUUUUGACACCGCUCUCCAAAUGGUGAUUAAAGAACGAUGCGCAAACCCCGACAGAGACGCCGAGCAGAAAGCCAUCACAAACUUCAACAUGACCUUCAACAUGGUGCUCAAAUUCAUGCCAAUUUUGCCAGCGAUCCUUCUGGCAAAGGUUGGAGACAGAGGUUACAGGAAGGUGCCAAUAGUGGUUCCUCUGGUUGGAUAUUUCCUGUCCAGAGGUCUGCUCUUGCUGGAUAUCGUGCUGGACUGGCCUCUCCAUGUGCUGUACGCGGUGCCGGUGAUCCACGGACUGUGCGGCGGCUUCGCGUCUUACUGGGCGGGUGUGAUGGCGCUGGUGUCGGUGUGCUCCGGUGAGGACGAGCGCUCCGUGCGCAUCAUGAGGACCGAGCUGGUGUACGGAAUCGCCGGGUUCGUUGGUAGUUUGGCUUCUGGUCACUUAUUUGCCCUCUAUACCGUAGGUCUCCAACAAGGAGCCAUUCUAUCUAGUUUGUGUGUGCUGCUGUAUUUCCUGUGCCUGCUCUAUGCCGCAUUUUUCCUGCGCGUCGAUCUUUUCUCAUUGCUUGGAGAGAGACAGGAGCGGCGGGAAAGUGUCGGGAUCAUAAACCACGAGGCCCUUGAUAAGAUAAACAUCGCUUUGCUCUUCGUCAGUGGGAUCUUGUAUGAUAUAGCAGUGGCUGGAGGAAUGGAGAUGUUGGCAGCUUAUGUGCUCAAAGACCCCCUCAGCUGGGGCGCAACCGAGGUGGGUUACGGAAACGCGUUGGGAUCCCUUCUCUUCAUCACCAGUUUUUUGGGUGUGAAGAUGUUCACGAGAUGUUCAGUUAGAGAUGAGAGCAUGGUGAUGAUCGGCAUGGUGUCUUUCGCAGCUGGAAUUUAUUUCAUGGCAUUUGUGACCACGAAUCCGAUGUACUUUUUGGCUCGCUCUAUCACUCUGUUUGCUCUGAUUCCAAUGCCCACCAUUCGCUCGCUGCUGUCCAAACAGGUCAGGGGAACCUCAUAUGGCAUUACCUUUGUCAUGCUCCAGUUGUCCUUCAAACUUGCAAGCUUGGUCACGACACCCAUCUACACUAAGAUCUAUCAGGCCACACUCGACACCUUCCCAGGCUUUGUCUUCAUUCUGUCCAGCUUCUUCACUGUUCUUUCUAUGAUACCCAUUAGUAUUGUAGGAUGUCGCUCUGUGAGACAUGAUGGAUAUGAGAGAAUCCAAGGGAACUGACUGACAGCAUCAGCCACACCAAAGCAGACAAAAAUGAUCAUAAAUGGACACGUUUGUACACUGAUGUUACAUACAGUAGAGGAUAUUCUACUAGGAUAAUGGUACUUCCUGUUGCACUGUGGUUACACUGCGUUAUUAGUAAUGCAAUCUGUAUAGCAUAUAUAAUUUUUACAUCUAUGUAUAAAAUGCUGACAAAUUUUAGUUUUUAGGUAUCUUGGUAACAAUUUACA